UGCGUGCAAUAUUUAUAUAUAUAUAUCCCUCCCAUAUCUAUGUUCUCGUUGCCUUUCAACAAACUGCAUUAUAUCAUCAUUUUCAUUCAUUUCUUUUCAUCUUCUUCUCUGUAUCUCUGUAUCCCUGCGGCGCUGCGCCAAAUAUGUUAGGACUUGCGGCGGCUUUUUGCCGUUAUGGAUCCAAGUUUGGAAUGAGACAGCAGAGAUUCAUCACCGCGUUGUCGGCAUGCAACAAGGAAGAGGGGCAGUGUGUCGUAGGUGGCCACAUCGAUUGGGACAACCUCGGAUUUGGGAUCAUUCCAACUGACUACAUGUACGUUUCCAGCUGCACCGGAGACGACGGUUGUUUCCGGCAAGGCAAACUCCGGCGCUUCGGGAACCUUGAACUGAGCCCUGCGGCGGGCGUGCUGAACUACGGGCAGGGGGUGUACGAGGGGACAAAGGCGUUCAGACGAGAGAACGGCGAUAAGGAUGGGAUGUUCUUGUUCAGACCAGAUCUAAAUGCAGAGAGAAUGCAGAUUAGUGCCGCCAGAAUGUGCAUGCCUUCCCCUUCAACCCCCGUCUUCCUUGACGCUCUCCGGCAAACCCUGCUGGCCAACCGCCGUUGGAUACCGCCUCACGGAAAAGGGUCUCUGUAUAUUAGGCCUAUGGUAAUAGGAAGUGGACCUGUUUUGGGGUUGGCUCCGGCUCCACUUUAUACAUUUCUGGUUUACGCAUCCCCAGUUGGGAACUAUUUCAAGGAGGGAACUGCCCCUUUGAACUUAUAUGUAGAGGAAGACUUCCACCGCGCGUCCCGCGGCGGAGCCGCUGGUGUCAAGAGCAUUACCAACUAUGCCCCCGUCAUGAAACCGCUUAUGACAGCAAAAAGCAGGGGAUUCUCCGAUGUACUGUACCUUGACUCCGUCCAUAAGCGGUAUGUUGAGGAGGUUUCUUCGUGCAACAUCUUCAUUGUCAAGGGGAAUGUUGUUUCGACUCCCGCCACGAAUGGGACAAUCCUCCCGGGGAUCACUAGGAGAAGUAUUAUAGAAAUCGCAAGGGAUUUAGGGCACGAGGUUGAAGAACGGGAGGUGGAUGUUGAGGAGUUGAGCGGCGCCGAUGAAGUGUUCUGCACUGGAACUGCAGUGGGUGUUGCUCCUGUCGGAAGCAUUACUUAUAAGGGUAAAAGGAUGGAGUAUAAAUUAGGAGAGGAAACUGUGGGCAAGAAACUAGGCUCAACACUGUUUGAUAUCCAAAGAGGUGCCAUAGCAGACAAGAAUGGCUGGGUUGUAAGGAUCUGAUCAAAACAUACAUUGUUUGGACAAUGUAUGUAAGUUAGUAUUGCAAAAUUACUAAAUUUGAUAUAAGUUCUCCGACAUCAAUUUUUAUAGGUAAGUUCUGAAGUUCAUAAUAUGUUGGGGUGUGGGAUGAUCCAUACCAGAAGAUAACAUAAACCAGAGAUGAUAUACGUAUGUAUCGUAUGGAUAUAUACUCGUAACAUUUGUAAUUAUGUACACAUAGUGCUCAAGUGAAGUAGUGAACCUUGAUUUCUCACUCUGUACAUUUUGCAGCGCAGUUCUAUUUGAUCUGUUCUUCUCCUAUUCAUA